AUGAGGAUGAUGUGCAUUCAUGGAAGCUAGGAUGAUUGAUACAUGACAAGGGCCCCGUUGUCAUGACAACAGAGAAGGCCCCUCCUCCUGGAGUACAUAACCUCUGCCUUUGAUCAGGCCUGCAGUCACGCUCCGGCUCUGCUGCACUGAGACUGGAGCAUGUCCACCGACUGUGUGAGGUCACUCUCAGACAAAGCCGAACACACUCUCACCAUGCACGAACACCUCUAUGAAAUGGACAACCAGAAACAUGUCGCCGAGGAACAUCAGCAGGGUAAAUUGGGACAGAAAAAACCACGGAGAAAAGACACUCCGGUCCUCAACAGCCCUCCGCUUAUACCAGGCGUGAGAUUGAUGAAGACUGAAGCUCGAAUGAUUCACCAGGAGGAUGAGGAGAAGGAGAUGAAGAAGUAGAUUUGUGGUUGUUAGUAUUUGUUGUUAUUUUCCGAGCCUUCAUUAAAUGUAGGUUUUGCAGAU